CAUCACUAAAUUCAACAUGAACCCUAACAACUCCAAAAAGGGAGACGGCAAGAGCUACUACGGCUUUGACUCCACUGGCCUUGAGAAGGCAGCAGCUGCUGCCAAGUACCUCGAUGGCAGCUCGAACUCUAAGCAAGCUUAUGAGUUGGCCAAUAAGAAGGAGGAAUCUAAGCAGCUGGAGUAUAAAGAGAAUAUACAGAAAUUAGAGAUCGAACGGACGAAGAUUGCUGAAGAAGAACGGAGAAAGACUGUGCAAUAUGAGACUGAUAUGGGGAAGAGGAAAGCAGAAUACCAAGUGCAGCUUGAUUUGCAGAAGGAAGAGGAAAUGUUAAGGAGAAAGGAAGGACUUAGGGAAGAAAGACGGAAAAGAGAUGAGGACAGCAUCGCUAAGCAAGAGCAGCUGAAGAUGAACACUAUUGAGUAUGAAUAUCAAAGGAAACAAGAGCUCAAGCAGAUUGAACUCCAAAUGGAAAGAGAUGAGAAGAUUGCCAUGCAAGAGAAGAAUCAAGAAUUUUUGAAUAAGCUGUUUAAGAGUGCUGAGAAAGAGAAAAGAGAGACUAUGAGGCAAAGUCUUGUUACUACUUUCAAUCUUGCUGGACAAGGAAUCUCAACCUUCUUUAGCUCUCCUAAAUAUAUCUUCAAAACUGCUUAUUUAUCAGCAAUGAUGUUUGGAGCUUACCAAUUUACUAAAGUAGCAGCUACAAUGGUAGGUACAGGAUUUAUGGCAAGAUUUGGAAGGCCUUCACUCGUAAGACAGACUUCAAAACUGUAUACCACUAAUAUCUUCGCUCUACCUUGGCUCCUAAUGAAGAGAUCUUGGCAUAGAAAUCUUAGAAGAAAAGAAUCAAAUCUUCUUGAAGGAGUCAUCCUAAAUGAUGAAUUAGAGAGUCAGUUAAGACAAAUCUCCUAUGCUGUUGUUAACAGAAAGAAGCAUUUCGCUCCAGCUAGGAAUCUUUUAUUCUGGGGACCUCCAGGAACUGGUAAAACACUUUUCGCUAAGAAGCUAGCAUUGAAGUCAGGUCUAGAUUAUGCUAUUAUGACUGGGUCAGAUAUUGCUCCUUUAGGAGGACAAGCUAUUAGCGAAAUCAAUAAUUUAUUUGACUGGGCAGAGAAAAGUCCAAAUGGAAUGAUACUCUUCAUAGAUGAAGCAGAUGCUUUCCUCAGAAGAAGAGGUGGUGAAGAAGAUUUGUCUGAGCUCCUCAGACAAACUAUCAACUCUUUCCUUUUCAGGACUGGUUCUCCAUCUUACAAGGUCAUUACCGUCCUAGCGUCGAAUAUUCCUGAGCAAUUGGAUAAUGCUGUUCAUGACAGAAUUGAUGAGAUCGUUUAUUUCGGAAAGCCAUCGUUUGAAGAGAGAAAGAACAUGCUCAUGCAUUAUUUGGUUGAAUUCUGCCAACCUCCACAAACAACUACUGAUAAACUUAAGUUCUUCUACAAACAUCCUAAGAGUAUCUACCGUGGAAAGAAACUGAUCCGUAUGGAAGGAGUAGACGGUGAGUACAUUUCUGAUAUCGCAAAGAGGAUAGAUGGAUUCUCUGGAAGAGAAAUCUUCAAAAUGGUUGUCGGAUGGCACGAUGCAGCUUUCUCAAAGCCCGACCCUGUACUCACACCUGAAUUUAUGGAAGAAAUUCUUCAAAGAUUCAAAGAUCAACAUGCUCAAAAGGAGAAAUGGACGAAGAGUGAAGAAAAAAUCCUUGAGAAAAUGGUAUAAAUAUUCUAUUAAAUUUAAUUCUCAACACUCA